AUGCCAAGGAAGAACCGUCGUCGCAACCAAGUGCCGGAGGACAGCAUCCAGCAGACGUGCCUGCUCUGCAAUCUUCCGGACGACAGCGAAAUGGUCUGCUGCGAUAAAUGCAAGCAGUGGUUUCACUUCAACUGCGUCGGAGUCAACGAAGAUGUGGCUAACCGCUCAUGGAGCUGCCCGGAUUGCGCCGAAGCUAGAGAUCCGGCUCUACAGCUGCCACUGUCAUCGACCCCGCCAGCAGUAGUUACAGGUGAGCUGCAAUCGUUUCGACCACCUCAAUCGCCCUUUGCGUCCCCGCGAGUGCCAAUUGCGCCCCCGACAAGAGUUUCGCCAGUGCCCUCUCCUCGAACACCAACCCCGCGCCCUCGUGUUUCUGGAGUGCAAAUGAAUCCCCCACCGACACCGCUUCCGCGUACCCCUCGACCGCAAAACCAACUGCCACCAGUGGCAGAGAUUCCAGAAGUGCAAAUCGUCGAUCCGGAAGUGGCAGAUGAAGUGCAUCUUGUGAAUAGACUGCCAGUGGACCUACGAAUUCAGUUUUUGGAGCAGCAGGAAGCAAUCGAGCAACGAUAUCUGCGUCGUAGAUUCCAGUUGUUGUUGGAGACUCCAGUCAACGUGAAUGCACCGAGCGGACAUGAAGAAAACGUUCCGGUAGAUCGAAACAUCGGAUUCCCACCUGUGUUCCACUCCUCACCAGUGUGUCACAACCAGUUGCCUCCACGUCCCACAUCCCAAAACAGAAUUGUUUCACCUUUCGUUCCAAUAUUGCAACCUCAGCGUCCGAAUCAUGACCAACCGAGUGUGUCAGGGGUUCCCAUAUCGCGAAUCGACCGGCAAGUGAAUUUUUCGGCUUUUCGCUCGCACCCAACCGAUCCAACCAUACACCGUCCUAUCGCUUCGACGCUCAUUCCGCCUCAGACUGACAAUCAUCCUACUGUGCCCGCAUUCUCGCAUCCCGGGGACAAUCAUCGACCGCGCAAUUCUGCUUUCGCUCCGCUCAUGGGUAGUUUGCGUCCACCCGCUCAGGAAUUGUUUCCGUCCGCUUUUCACGAUGAUCCUACAGUGGUGGGAGGAACGGCGCUGCUCAACAAAAGCCAAAUCGCCGCUCGUCAUGCAGUCCCAAAGGAGUUACCUAUCUUUACCGGCGAACCAGAGGAGUGGCCCCUAUUUUUCGCUUCGUUCGAGAAUACGACGCACCUCUGCGGAUUCACAGCUGAGGAGAACAUGGUCCGACUACAAAAAUGCCUUAAAGGGAAGGCGUUAGAAGCGGUAAAAUGCCAACUGUUGCACCCAAGCAACUUAGAUCAAGUUAUCGCUACUCUGAAGAUGCUUUUCGGUCGGCCGGAAAUUAUCGUUCAUUCGCUGCUUCAGAAGAUCAACAGUCUGCCUGCUCCCAAAGCAGAUCGUCUUGGAACACUCGUGGACUUCGCUUUGGCUGUUCGCAACAUGGUGGCCACAGUCAAGGCUUGUGAACUGGAAGAGCAUCUAUGCAACCUCACACUUCUGCACAGUUUGACAGAGCGACUUCCUCCAAUGAUUCGUCUGAAUUGGGCGACCCAUCGUCAGUCUCUUCAAUCAGUAACGUUAGCCGAGUUCAGCGACUGGUUGUACAAGCUAGCAGAAGCAGCUAGCACAGUGACGAUGCCUCAGUUCGCUGGUGCUAUCGAUAACAAAUCGCGCCGUGGCAGGAAGGAUGAUGGUUUUUUGAACGCACAUGCUGAAGCAACUCCGAAAGUGAAGCAACUAGAUACGAACCGUGCUUGUCUUAUCUGCCAGGGAAGUUGUGCCGCAGUAGAAAAGUGUGGGCGCUUUCUGUCGUUCGGACUUUCCGCUCGUUGGGAUGAACUUCGGGAACACAAGCUGUGUCGCAGCUGUUUGGGCAACCAUCGUGGUCCGUGCAAGUCCGCAAAGCCGUGCGGGAAAAGCGGUUGUCAGUACAAGCACCAUCGGCUGCUGCACAACGACGCCAAAGACAAACCGGAAACAUCAUCGUCUGGUUCCCGCGGUCAAGCCAAAGGGCUACAACAAGCCGUUGCUCCGGUGUCACGGGACGUCGAAUCCUGCAACACACAUCGAGGAGGAAGCAAAUCUGCUCUAUUCCAGUACAUUCCGAUUGUGCUGUACAACAACGGGAUCGAGCUGCGUACCCAUGCAUUCCUGGACAGUGGAUCGUCUCUAACGUUGAUGGAGGAAAGUUUGGCGAAGCAGUUGGACCUGAACGGUGAGAAGAGCCCCCUGUGCCUGCGGUGGACAGCUGAUACCUGCCGAUAUGAAAAAGACGCCACAAUCGUUUCCCUCAACAUCUCCGGCACAUACGAUGGUAGCAGUCUACAUACUUUACGGGAAGUCUACACGGUAAAGGAUUUGAAGCUGCCAACACAAUCGCUACCUACUGAAGAACUGGCAGACAAGUACUCGCAUCUAAAGGGUUUGCCAAUUGAACCCUACUCCAAUGUUCAGCCGAAGUUAUUGAUCGGCGUGAGCAACGCAAGGGUGAUGCAUAUUUUGGAUGAUCGCGAAGGGAAGCUGGAUGAACCUGUUGCAGUGAAGACGCGUCUUGGCUGGACGGUCUACGGCACGUAUGCGUCGGUGAAAGAUUCGAUUCCACGACUCCCGCACAGCUUCCAUAUUUGUUCACAUUUCCACGGAACGGAUGACAGCCUGCACGAAGCAGUCAAAAAUUACUUCGCUCUCGAUAGUCUGGGAAUCAGCGCUCCACAAAAUCAGCUUCUCUCCAAGGAAGAUGAGCGGGCUCUAGCGAUGCUGCGUGAAGUCACGACUUUUCAAGAUGGGAGAUACCAGGCAGGCCUACUGUGGAAAUACGACGACGUGCGACUACCCAACAAUCGAUCCAUGGCAUUGAGACGUCAUCGUUGUCUGACCAAGAGGAUGGAACGCGAGCCGCAGUUAGCUAGAACUUUGCGAGCGAAGAUGCAGGACUAUGAGCAGAAGGGAUACAUCCGUAAGUUGACACCUGAGGAGAGUCGUGCCACCGGAGAUCGCACAUGGUACUUGCCGAUUUUUCCGGUAUUCAACCCUAACAAACCGGGGAAGAUCAGGAUUGUCUUUGAUGCAGCUGCGUCCCUCGGUGAUGUUUCCCUCAAUUCCGUACUGAUGAAAGGACCGGACCAACUAAACGCUUUGCCGCCAGUGCUAUACAAGUUUCGAGAGCGGUUGAUCGGUCUCGGUGGCGAUGUUGCCGAGAUGUUCCAUCAGAUAAGAAUGCGACCGUCAGACGAACACAGUCAGCGGAUCUUGUGGUGUGAUUCUGAGGACCCAACUGAGCCAUGCGAUUACGUGAUGCAGGUUGUAACUUUUGGCGCUACCUGUUCACCCAGUACAGCGCUGUAUGUCCUGAACGAAAAUGCGUCACGAUUCGAGGAAAAGUACCCCGUCGCAGUUGAUGCUAUCUGCCGUCGUCACUACGUCGACGAUAUGUUGACCAGCGUUGAUACCGAGGAAGAAGCGAUCCAGUUAGCGAAGGAAGUUCGAUACAUUCAUCACGAAGGUGGGUUCCAUAUGCGGAACUGGGUGUCGAAUUCGUCAGCUGUACUUGAGGCCCUCGGAGAGAACCCUAAGUCCGAAAAGUCGAUGGAAAUGAAUACGGAGCUCGCCAUGGAAAAAGUUCUCGGUAUGUGGUGGAACACAACGUCGGAUGUCUUCAGUUAUAAACUCUGUACAGACCGCAACCGAGAGCUUCUGUCCGGUGCCAAGCACCCCACCAAGCGUGAUGUACUUCGUACACUGAUGGCUAUCUACGAUCCCUUAGGACUCAUCGCGCAUUACCUGAUGUAUUUGAAGGUAUUGCUACAAGAGAUCUGGAGAGCGAAGACCGGGUGGGACGAUCCGAUCGAAGAAAAGCAUCUGGAGAAAUGGUUGACCUGGUUACGCAUACUUCCCGAGCUGGAGUCCGUCAAGAUACCUCGUUGUUAUUUCCGACACGUGGCAGGAAUCGACAAUGCUACUGUGGAGCUCCAUACUUUCGUCGAUGCUAGUGAAAGUGGCUUCGCGGCCGUGUCUUAUUUCCGCUUCGAAGUGGAUGGCUACGUCGAAUGUGCCCUAAUCGGAAGUAAAACAAGAGUGGCACCUCUCAAGUUCGUCUCCAUCCCACGACUGGAGCUGCAAGCAGCUGUUAUUGGUACGCGUUUGGCACAGAGCGUUGCAGAGGGUCAUUCUAUCAAAAUUGAUCGUCGCUAUUUCUGGACGGACGCUCGAGACGUCAUGUGUUGGUUACAGUCUGAUCACCGACGUUAUUCGCAGUUCGUGGCCUUUCGUGUUGGCGAAAUACUGGAGGCAACGGACAUCACCGAGUGGAGAUGGCUUGGCACGAAACACAACGUUGCAGAUGAUGGUACAAAAUGGAAGUGCAGGCCAGAUCUCAAGCCAACAAGCCGUUGGUUUACAGGUCCAUCGUUUCUAUGGAAUCCAAAGAGCGAAUGGCCGUCUUCAACUCUGAAUUCCGACGAGACUACGAACGAACUCCGUGCGAGCUUUCUGUACCACAUGGAAGGCACAGUACGAACCAUUCUGCAGGCAGAAAAUUACUCGUCCUGGCAACGUUUGCUACGGGUGACAGCUUUCGUUCAUCGUUUCAUUGGGAACAUCAAACGCAAACAGAAGAAGGAGUCAAUGAUCCUCGGACCGCUCACACAAGACGAACUUUCCGCAGCGGAAUCAUUCCAGUUUCGACAAGCCCAGGCAGACGUGUACGGCGAGCAGUUAGCAGCAAUUUCAUCAAAAAAAACGACUGAAGAAGACAGAUAG